GAAACGCAUCAAAUAGUAUAACUUCUCUCUCUCUCCCACACACACACACUCUCAAGGGAACAUUGACAAGGGAAUCAGAUAUUGAAAAGGAUGGCAGAGGACGCAGAAGAGGUCAAGUCAUUUAAAGAUCUGGGAGUAUGUGAGCAAUUGGUGGAGGCCUGUGAUACCUUGGGCUGGAAAAACCCAUCCAAGAUACAGGCUGAAGCUAUUCCUCAUGCAUUGGAAGGAAAGGACCUGAUAGGACUUGCACAGACGGGUUCUGGUAAAACUGGAGCUUUUGCACUCCCUAUACUCCAAGCCCUUUUAGAAACUCCACAAGUGUUCUUUGCAUGUGUGAUCUCUCCAACGCGAGAACUUGCUAUUCAGAUCGCUGAACAAUUUGAAGCUUUAGGAUCUGGCAUUGGUGUAAAAUGUGCAGUGCUUGUUGGAGGGAUAGACCAUGUGCAACAGGAGAUUGCCCUAGGAAAACGACCACACAUUGUUGUGGCAACUCCUGGUCGCCUCGUGGAUCACCUGUCCAAUACUAAAGGUUUCUCUCUUCGCAUGCUAAAAUACUUGGUACUAGAUGAGGCAGAUAGGUUGCUGAAUGAAGAUUUUGAGAAACCGAUUGAUGAAAUUUUAAAAGUCAUUCCUCGUGAGCGAAAGACAUACUUAUUUUCUGCUACUAUGACAAAAAAGGUGCGGAAGCUCCAGAGGGCCUGUUUGAGGAAUCCUGUGAAGAUUGAGGCUGCAUCUAAAUAUUCGACCGUUGAUACACUGAAGCAGCAGUUGUGCUUUAUGCCUGCUAAACACAAGGAUUGUUAUCUUGUAUACAUACUGACUGAAAUGUCUGGAAGCACGUCAAUGGUUUUCACUCGGACAUGCGAUUCAACUCGCGAUUUGGCUCUAAUGCUUCGAAACCUUGGUUUAAGGGCCAUCCCAAUUAGCGGUCGAAUGACCCAGGCCAAGAGGCUUGGAGCUUUAAACAAGUUCAAGGCAGGAGAGUGCAAUAUUCUUAUCUGCACCGAUGUUGCCAGUAGAGGACUUGAUAUUUCAUCUGUGGAUAUGGUCAUCAAUUAUGAUAUUCCAACGAACUCAAAGGAUUAUAUACAUCGAGUUGGAAGAACUGCUCGGGCAGGACGGUCUGGGGUUGCAAUCUCUUUGGUGAAUCAGUAUGAGGUGGAGUGGUAUAAGCUGAUAGAGCACCUUAUUGGUAAAAUGCUACCUGUUUUUCCGAGUCAAAAAGAAGAAGUGCUGCUACUACAGGAACGGGUAAAGGAGGCCAGUAAAAUAUCCCAUAUGACAACUAAAGAAACCAGAGGCAAGAAUAAAAGAAACUGGCGAGGAGAUGAUGGCGAUGAAGAAAUUGACAGAUAUUCAGCUAAGAAUGGGAAGUUCUCGAAGAAGGCAGAUAAAAGAUGGUUGAACAGAUCCUUUGCUCAAAAUUUUGUUUAAUUUUUCUAGGAGUUCGGCAUUGCAUUCAUUUUUAGAUAUGUUUUUUAUGGCAAGGGAAACUACUUUCAGAACAUCGUAUGGUGAUUUUGGUUAUGAUACAUAUUUUAUACCAUCUACUCCAAAA